UCCAGGACUGAGCCUCUGCAGGGGCCGCUUCCAGCAGCCAUAAGGAGGAAGUCCUGCAGCAUAGGGACUCUUGGACUUCCUGCCCAGGCCCUGCAGGCCCAGUGGAAGGAGGGCAGUCUGGGCUGCGGGGAGGGGGCAAGGGUAAUGACUGCUCUUCCUCCCCCCAAAGCCCUACCUGUUCUGUAGAGGCUCCCUGGCACUAGAGGGGGCUUCUCUUCUAUACGAACAGGGGUUGUUUCAGCUAACCUGAAAGGCCCCAGCUCAGCGUCCAGAGAGCCUCUGAUUCCUAGCUAGCAGUGGGCUAUGAAAACGCGAGUCAGAUAUGCAAAUAUACACAAAGCUGCUGCCAGGCCUCCUGAGCCACGGAUUCAGCAAUGCCAGGAGGGGCAGAGCCACCCACGUGGUGUCUGCUCCUGUCCCCACGGGUCUGUCUCCCAGGUGGCAGGUCCAGCCUACCGUGCCCACGCUCCACUGAGGAAUGAAGUCCCCCCAGGGGCCAGGAGGGGUGUCCCCGGAGUCAAAUACUCUAUGGCAGAGAAGUUGAGGGGACCCCCACCUGCCCAAUCAAGCAAAGACAUCCAGAACUCAGGCCAAGGACCACAAGGACCAGGCUGCUCACCCAGAGUCCCCAGUAGUCUCCAAAGGCCAAUCCAGACCAUCACUCCUGUCCACCACUUUGUCCCACACGCUGGGAAGAAGUUUCUCCAGCAAAGCAAGAAAGGGGUCCCAAAAGGCUCCAGCUGCCCACCCAUCACCUACUGCUUGCCUGCCAGGCCCAAGAACCCUGGGGCUCGGGGUCAGCACCAGCAGAGGCCCAGGAAGAUUGUGUUUGAAGAUGAACUUCCUGUCAGGAACCCUGAGGUGACCCCCAAGCUGGGUCUUCAGCUGCGCAAGGGCCCCACAGGGUCUGGCCCAGCCCUUCACCCUGGGCACAGCCCCCCACCUCAGCUGGUACCUGACUAUGUACUGAGAUACCCAGCAAUCUACAGUGAGGCUGAGAGGCGCCGCUACAAGGCCAUCUUUCAAGACCAGCAUGCCGAGUACCAGGAGCUCCACCAGAACGUGGCCACAGCCAUGGGCAAAUUCCAGGAGCUGCAGGCCCUGCUGGCUACAUUGCCCCAGCCGGGCCCCAAGGAAGAAGCCCGUCUUGCCUGGGUCCGGAGGGAAUUGGAGAGGAAGAAGAGGGACCCAGUUUUCCUGGAAAAGCAGGCCCGCUGUGACUACCUGAAGAGAAAAUUGAGGCACCUCAAAGCACAAAUCCAGAAAUAUGAUGAAAAGGAUUCCAAGGAUGGCUCCGUUUAUUUCUGAACCAGACAUUGCCCAUGCCCGGGCAGAGACAGCUCCAGAAGAUGGGACAGGAUGCUGCUUUGAGACGCCAGGGACUCUCUGCAGUCCCCCCUCGCUGAUGAAGAAGGGGGCUGCCUUAGCUAGGGCUGAGAAUAGCUGCUGCCCCUGAGACCAGGCUGAUCUCAGCCCCCACUGCCACCCCAGGGGGUUAUCAGUAUUUGGCGAAUGAAUGUCACUAAGUGGCCUGCCCAUGGUGGGGUGCACCCAUGGGCUGGGGGUGCGAGCACCUACAGAGAAGAAAAUACUUCUGAGAAGAGACAGCCAGCAGGAACCUCCCUCCAAGGGCACAGCUAGGCUGGGAGUCAGGAGACCUGGCUUCAGGGCCCUGUGGGGCCAUUAACUUAGCCUAACCCAGGGCAAAUUCUUUCUCCUUCAUUUCUUCCUUCUCUCCUUCUGUUUCAUUCCUGAUCAAAACAGAAUAUGAGGAGAUAUGGACUAUGCAGUCACCAAGGUCCCAAAUCCAGCUCUAAGGGCCCUCUCUCUAGUCUCCAAACUAUGCUCUCUGGUCCCUCCUAUCUCUGAGAUUCAUUCUCUGUUCUAAGGUCUUUCCCAGUUCCAGUAUUCCAUGUUCUAAUGUCUCUCCUAGCUCUGAAAUUCUGU